AUGGAAGAGUAUAAAUUAUUAGAUGAUUUAAAGGGGAUUCAAUGUUAUUUUAAGCAUAAAAAUCCUUAAAACUUUUAUGUUUUGUUCGAUAAAACAGUAAAAGGAAAGGAUAAAAUUAGAUGUGAACAAUGUAUUAAAUAUGAUGAAAAAAAUGCAAUCGAAUUAGUAUAAAUAUUAGAAGAGUUUAACCAGGAAAAGAAUAGUUAACAUGAUUAACUUUCAGAAAUGGUUGUGGAAAAAAUAAAAAUGAUAGAAUAAUUGUAAAGUAAGAUAACUAAUUUGAAAACUUGUGUAAUUUAGAAAUUUGAUUCAUUUCUUAAUUUCAGUUUUGAUUAAAAAGAUUUUCUAGUGAAAUUAAUAAAAGAAAAGGAGCAAUUUAAUUUUGAUCAAUUCUUUGAUUAUUUAGAUGAUAAAUCUUAAAUUGCCAAAAAUUCUAAAAAAGAUAUGAUGAAGAUAAUGUAAACAGAGAGAGGAAUGAUUGAUAAGCUAGAAAUUAGUUAUAAGUAAAUUAUGGAGAUGGUAAAAAAAGAACAAAUUAUAGAAGAAAACUAUAAUAAGAUUACUUAAUCCAGAUAGGAUAUAAAUGCUCUAUAUUAAUCUCGAAUAUUAUCAUAAAAGACUUAAGAAGAUAUCUCCUAUAAUAAUUAAAUUAAUUAAUAAAAAUUAAAAUAUAGAUUGUUAUAAGAAAUUAAAUAAUCAGAAUUUUGUUAUUCUAUGACAUUUAAUCAAGAUGAGACUUUAUUAGCUGCUGGAUUUUCUAAUUCAAUCAAAUUAUGGAAAUUUAAUAUGGGAUAAUUAACUCAACAUUAUAUUUUAUUAUAAGGAAAAUCUGAUAUAGAUAUUCCUACUUGUUUGACUUUUAGUAAAAAGAGUAAUGAUAUAUAUUCUGGGAGUUAUAGUGGAUAAAUUAAUUUUUGGAGAGAGAUUAAUUAAAAUCGUUGGGAAAUUUUUUUCACUUCUACUAUUCAUCAAGGAUUAAUUACAUGUUUAAUUUUAAAUUAAAAAGAAGAUGAAAUAAUUACUAGUGGCUCUGAUAAAUUGAUAAUUGUUUUAAAAAAUAAUUAAUAAGAAAAAAAGGUUUCCUAAUAUGAAUUGAAAUAGCAUUAGAAAGUUGUUUUUAGUAUUAGUUUAAAUUAAUCAGAAACAUAAUUGGUUUCUUCAAGUUUAGAUUAACAGUUAAUAAUUUGGGAAAAGAAUUCUAAAUAAAUUUAUGAAUUUAAAUAUGUGAUACAAAAAUCGAUAAACGACUUUGGCCAUAGAGUUUGUUUUUUAAAUGAUAAUUUUAUAGUUUGGUAAUAAAACAAAGACGGUACAACACAUGUAUUUUAAAAAGAAAAUGGAAGAUUUAAGUAAAAACCAGAAAAUAAAAUUGUUUUAGAUCAUUCUGAAGGUGAAGAUGGAUAAUUUUUAUUUCCAAUAAUAUAUAAUAAAGAAAAGUAAAUACUUAUUUUAAAAUAUUCAAAUUCAAUCUAUAUAUUUAAAAAUCACGAAGAUUAAUAAUUUAAAUUAGAAGCAAAAAUUAAUUGUUCAUCAAAUUCAAUUUAUGGUUGUAUGACAAAGGAUAGUAAAUAUUUGAUAUAUUGGGAUUGUUCAUUAUAACUAUUCAAUAUUUAAGAAUUUAAUUAUCAAUGAGUUUAAGAAAAUGAAAUAAUACAAAAUUGAUAAUUAUUAAUGAUCAUCAAAAAUUUAUCAUACCUUUAUUUCAUUCCUUAUUUUACUAUUAAAUUAAGCAUCUAAAAUUUUACUUAAUUAUUUAAAUAAUUCAACUUCUUUUUUUUAAUUAUAAUUUAUAUUUAAAAUUUAUACAUUAUUUUUACUUUAGCAAAAUAUUAA